UGUGUAUUUCUUAAAAGCUUAGAUUUUGUAAGUAUUUCUUCUAAAAUAUUUAUUUUAAAAUAUUUUUUUCAUUAAAGCUUUGAUUUGAUUGAUUUUUGUACAAAGAAUGAUCACGAAAGGAGCAUAAUUAUUAAUUCCAUCAGUUAGAUAAAGAAAUCCGGCUCUAAUUUCAAAUGUACUAGUUCUAGCCUAAAUGUAGGCCAUCGUCUGAUAAUCUUGCACUGCAAUUUGAUGGCAAUGACCUUAAUUGGAUUGAGCCACACAAAACACAUUAAUAAUGCAGACCACAGUGGAACCUGGUACGUGAUCAGAAUUGACGCCUUAAACAUAAUUAGCUGCUGUUGUAAGUCAGUUGGCCAGGCGGGAAACAUCUGAGACUGCUUUAAAAAUCCCACUGAACCAAAAAUGAUAUAUUCUGAAAAUUGCUGUUGCUGCAUAGAGCUGAAGUGCGGCUGCAUCCUAAUAGCCAUCGUAGAGGUGCUCAUCCGCGGGUUGGAUCGAUUCUUUGUGGAUCGCGACAGCAUCCUGGGAUUUUUGUCCCUCGUGGUGAGCGGUAUCUACGUAAUCUGUUGCAUAUUCCUUCUUCUCGGAGCCGUGCUGAGCGUAAGGUACUUUCUGUUGCCCUACCUCUCGGUUUCCUGCCUCCGUUUUUUCAUUUUGGUUGCCGAGGGCGUGUUUGUGGCCACUGAAGGCUUUGUCAAUGAAUAUCUUGUCUUCGAUGUUCUCCAAUCUCUUCUUGGUCUGUACUUUUGGCUGGUGGUCUUCUCCUACUACGAUCUGUUGAAGGACACCUGAGUUUAUAUAUUGCUUUUUUUAUUUUGUAAAAAACACUAAUGGAACUGAGUUAUGGUACUGAAAUGACAAAGCAUAAGCUAUUGCAUAAACUAUGUAUAAAUAACUCAAAACUAUUAACAGACUAAAAGUAAUCAUGGGUGCUUUGCGAUCUAUACUCGAACCACCAUCAAAAUAAUAUUUUGUAAUGCUAGAAUGUAUGGAAUUUAAAAGAUUUAAUUAUGAAAGUAGACAUUUUGGUGUUUAAUGUAUUGUUUUAAAAGUCGACAAAUAUAUUUUUUUUA